GCUGUCGUUAUUUCAAAAUGUUGUAUAGUUGAGGGUUCUCCAUACAAUUUUACCCUCUUUUCAAGCACUCUCCCAUUUCCCUCUUCCGCUCCUCUCUCCACUCUUCUCUCCGCCACAGCGCCAUUAACAACGAAGAUCGGGAUCUAGGGUUUUCCGAUGGCGAAUUUGGGUAAAAGAGUCGACAUCCAGAGCCUCCUCGCGCUCGGAGAUGACCUGAUCGGAGUCCUCAAGUCCCAAAAGGACGGGGACGCUCUGAUGCAAUCGUGCGAGGGCGCGAAGAUGCUCCGAUCCUUCUCGCGCUCGGAUGCUCGCGAAAUCCAUGUCUCUUCGCAGGAAUAUCAGGAAAAAAUUAGUGCUUGCAAAGAAAAGAUAUACAAGGCAGAAAGCGAAACCAUUGCUGAUGCCGAAUUGGACCGUGUUCAGAAAGACCUAGAAGAGGAACUUCAAAAUGAGCAUUUGCUUCGCCAGGAGCUAAGAAAAAUUAGUGACGAGCUUGAUGGUUUAGACUGUCAAAGAGCUUCGAUUGAAGAGAGGAGGGAAAUAAUCAAGAAAAAGAAGAAAGAUAUGCUGAGGGCACAAGAUUUGCUGUCUAUGUGCGCUUCGGUUACAAAUAUCAUCCCAAAUCUAGAUGAUCAGGAUAAGAUUUCUGGCUAUAUUGUCGACAAGAACAAGAAAAAGGUUGAGAAAUUCGAGUUUGAGCAGACAUUAUCCCCAUAUGAAGUAUGCAACAAGCUUUGGAAGAUGGAAUAGUGUCGGCAUACUCACCGGACCUCCAUUUGCGAUGUGCCCCGAGUAUAGUAUGCAAUUAGCUUCCUGUUUUUGUGCUUUCGCAACCGAGAACAGCGCGAUGUACAGUCGGCAUUCAAGUUCGAAGUUGUUUUCAUUCGCAUGCUAAUUUAGCUACCAGAGAAGAAACAUCAAUCGAGUUUCACCAACUAGUAUCUUUGUCUCAGAUGAUUCAGCAAGUUCCAGUUAACCAUGUUUAAUGCUGUCAUUUUUCUCGGAUGUUUUACUCGGUGUCAUGUUUGCCCUAUCUCAAUCUUGAAUCUUGAUAUUACAUCCUAUUAUCUCACAUAAAUGGCAUAAUGUUGAGCUGCUCUGUACUAAUAAUAGUAAUAUAUAAAUAAAAUGUUGUGAGACAAUUGGGUUAUUUUCCAAUGUA